AUGAAUGUUGAGCCACGCAAAUAUCGCUUCCGCAUCCUUGACGGUACUAUCAGUCGUUCCUUCGUUCUAUAUCUGCAAGACGAUGCAACUGAAGAGACUGUGGACUUCACCAUGAUCGGUUCGGAUGGAGGACUGUUUUCCCAUCCCGUAAAUACAUCGAGCUUCGCUAUCUCCGAAGGUGAACGCUAUGAGAUCGUCGUCGACUUCGCCGACUUCCAAGGCAAGAACAUCACAAUGCUCAACGAGCGCGAUAUGGUGGGAAACCUUGACUUCGCUGCAACUGAUCGUGUCAUGCGCUUCGUAGUCGGCGACACCGUGACGGACUGCACCAACAACGACCCCAUACCAUCCGACCUUCGCUACAUCCCUCCUCCUCCGGAAACCAACGUCACCAAGAGCUUCAAAUUCUCGCGAAUCGACGGCGAGUGGCUCGUCAACGGUGUAGGCUGGGAAGACAUCGAGAACCGCAUCUUGACAAGACCAGUCCUGGGCGAGGACGAGAUCUGGGAGUUGAGACACGGAGGUGGAAAUGCCUCGCAUCCUGUUCAUAUCCACCUGGUCGACUUCCAAGUGCUGUCUCGUACGGGAAAUCGUAACGAGGUGAUGCCAUAUGAAGCAGCGGGUACAAAGGACGUUGUGUGGAUCGCACCUGGUGAAGUCGUCAGGGUUGUGGCUCGCUACGCACCGUGGGCAGGUGUUUACAUGUUUCAUUGUCAUAACCUCGUCCACGAAGACCACGAUAUGAUGGUGGCAUUCAAUGUCACGAACCUUGAGAAAUGGGGCUACGACAAUUCUACCAUGUUCAUCGACCCCAUGGAGCCCAAGUUCCGACCGAAGAACGUGGACGACGCAUAUUACACAGAAGAGGCUAUACGAGACAAGCUGGACUGGUUCUACAGUCUCAACGCCUACGAAGAGCGCUCUGAGUGA